GCGGGAAUUUUUUUUUUCUCUGGUAGUUAUAAAGUGCGAAAGUAGCGGAUUAAAGCGGUUUUUUUUUACUAUUUGAGAAGUUGUGUUGUGUGGUGUGGAAGUUUUGUCCGGUGAUUGAAGUGAGCCGUGGUUAGUGUUGGGCAGCCACUUUCCAAGAACUCGAAAUUGAGGAUCUCCUCAAGUUGACACGAAACACGAUUUCUACACGAUUUCUACCUGCUACGUUUGCCUUAUCAAAAGCUUUUUGAGGAGAUCAUGGCUUCGAGCUCGGAGGACACUAUGGGUGUGCUCGACGUACCCGAUCUUGUUUACGAUGAAACCGACUCCGACGAUGAGGACGACGACGAUGAGCACACCGACUCGGAAAACUCGUCCGACACAGACUCCUCUGAUGACGACUCCGACGACGACGGCGACGGCGACGUUCAAGACACGAGUCCAGUCUAGUCUCGGGCUUUUCAAAUGUCGUUCUGACCAAUGCUGACGCUCGAGGGCGAGGAGUUCAUUGAGAUGUUGGAACGGUUGGCGGAGGCGCGGAGGGUGCGGGAGGCGGCGUGGGAAGCUGAGCACGUGGAGCGGACGGGC